AUGAUCAAGGCAAUCUUCUACAGCAAAUUCGACACGCAAGAGGGUCCCAAAGUCGUCCACCAAGUCCCAGAUGGGGCCAUCGUUCCCUCCUCCACUGCCCCGACACAACCCCUCUUCCUGACCUUCUCCGACGUCUCGUUCUUUGUGAUUCCCCGCCAGGAGCUCUGCGGAAACCUGCUUCAGGUUUGCACAAAUGGAUACCGUAUCCUGGGCUACCCAAUUUGCAUGAAGUCUGUUCGCUAUGACCGCAACGAGUUUAUCUUUAAUUUCUGCCUCGUGCUGUCCGAAGAGGACGAUUUCAGCACAUACAAAAGCGUGGUGCGGAAGCUGGCCGACUUGAUGCACGCCCUAGAAGAGCAGAGCGGUUUCUUGUCGCGCGACUUCUCCAAGAACGGCGAGGGGAAGGUAUACAGUCUCUGUGAAAUGUUGAUGGAGGACCUCAAUAAUUAUUGCGAGUGCAUGAUUCCUAUUGACGAGCUCAACACAUUGAACAUAAAGCUGUUCCCUAUAUACCCUUCCCCGCCAUCUGUCAAGGCAUGGUACGUCCCACUGUUUACAGUGCGGUAUCAAGCUUUCAUGGACGAGAAUUGGGAUUUGACCAUGCAACGAGUCGUCCCGCACAUAAAUGGUGUGAACAGCAUCCGUAUAAUCUCAAUUCUCGCAGACACAGACUUCUCCCUCACCUGUCGUGCAAUCCGCCAUCUUCUAUACUACGGCUGUGUCUACCUCCUCGACAUAUUCUCCUUCUCAGCCAUUUACGCACCCACAGCCCAAUUCAACGGCACCAUCGCCUCAGACGAAACAAUGCAACUUGAAUGCGCCCGCUACGUAAACACCCGCUUCGCACCACAUAGUCCCAUGGCACCCCCCACGUCCCUUCCCCCACCAACAGCUGCCAUGGCCUCAGCAAACAACGGCAGCGCAAACACCAUCAUCGGCGGAAUGCCCCUCGCCAGCCCAAUAACUGACCCAGCACCAAGUCUAUCCCGCGACGGGUCCCGCUUCGACGCAGAAGAGAUCUGGCCGUUACUAGGUGACUCAGAAGAGAAAUCGCACAGCCCCGAAACAACAAACCCAAGCAUCCCACAGGGACCACCUAUCGUCGAUGGCGUAGGUAUAGUCGAGCUCUAUGCCGGGCUCAAACAAGGCCAAAGUAUCAAACAGUGGUACGCACAACAUAGCCGCGAAUUAGCAAACAUCGAUAUAAGACGCUUUAUCACCUUCGGCGUGAUUAAGGGCUUUCUAUACCGUGUACACAAAUACGCUUGUGCAACGGGUCAACCUGCACCCGCGCCUCGAAAUUCUUCUCCGCUCGUUCCUGGAACGGCUCCGGGGACGGGUGCAGUGAAUACGCCUGCGCAUUUAUCCACCGGGCCUUCUUCGCGCGCUACGACGGGAAAUAAUACUCCUUAUGCGUCCAGUGUUGCCGAGGAGGCCCCUAUCUCCUCUGUUGUUGGAACUAGACAGGAUGGCUCACAUGAGCGGGCUUCUAGCUUUCAUAGUGGGGGUCGGAGUGGGAAUGUCAGGAUUGCUGGGAAUGCGCCAUUAGGCGGGUUGUUUGAAGAGGAUGAGGAGGAUGGGAUUGAUGAGAGGUUAUUUGGACGGUAUCUUGAUGGGACACAUUGUUUCGAUCAGAUCUGUACGGAAUUGGAAAUUAGUGAGCGGGAGUUAACGGCGAGAUUGAAGAGGUUCCCUGGGGAGGUGGUUAUUAUUCAUCGGUGA